GGGGGGGGAGGGGCUGAUACAGAGAGAGAAAGAAAGAAAGAGAAAGAGAGCCUUGGAAGUAAUCUGCUGAACGGAGUAGGAAAAAAGAGAUAGGCAAAAAUAUCCUAAUGUCUCUGCUUUUGUUCCACUUGAAGUACACUUGCCGCGUAUUCUAGAUAAUGUCCAAGAAUGUCCAUUUCUGGAACUUUGAGCAACUAUUACGUGGACUCCAUCAUAAGUCAUGAUAGCGAUGAACUCUCAGGCGCGGCUCGCUUCUCCGGUGUCCAGUAUUCCGGUUCUACCUCAGUUCCGAACGAUGGAGCCACGCACUCCGAGCACGUUCAUUCCGAGUCAUAUCCGUCCUGCAGCUUCCAGCCCAAACCUCCGGUUUUCUCAUCACCCUGGGGCCCUUUCAGCCCCCACCACGGAGCUAGUGGUCUCCCCGCAGUCUACCAUCCCUACAUCCCGGGCCAGCAAGUGGCCGCCGCAGAGACACGGUACAUCCGUUCAUGGCUGGACUGCGCUCCGCGGGACGCCGAGUCUUUCCCGGGCCAGAGCCAAACUGGCCAGGUCAAACUGGAGCCCCAGAUUGGCCAUCAAGGCGGGGAGCCUCCCGUGAAAAUCAGCGGACAACACGAGACCACCACGUACAUCCUGGAAUCGAUUUCCACGGCGGGCCGCGAACUAAACCACCUUCCGAAUUCCAUCCCGAGACCAGGAGUUGAAGAAAGUAAGGAUGUUAGUGAAGGGAGUAAGAACAAGGACGGCGCGGAUCAAAAUGAUCCUUCUGCCAACUGGCUUCAUGCACGCUCCUCCAGGAAGAAGAGAUGCCCAUACACUAAAUACCAGACCCUAGAGCUUGAAAAGGAAUUUUUAUUCAACAUGUAUCUCACGAGGGACCGGCGGCAUGAGGUGGCACGCGCACUGAAUCUGACAGAGAGGCAGGUUAAGAUUUGGUUCCAGAACCGGAGAAUGAAAAUGAAGAAACAAAGCAAGGACCAGUCGAAGGAGUAAUGGGGCUCAAAAGGACCCUUCACAUGCUCACUCACUCACUCUCUCUCUCUCUCUCUCUCUCACACACACACACACACACACACACACACACACACACACACACACACACACAUACACACACAGAGAGAGACAGGGAGGGAGGGAGAGAGUCUUAGCUUACCACAAAGUCAAUCUAUCAUAAAGCACCUUGUUUGAAGCACCAGAACACAAUGGCCAAAUGCACAUGCACACCAGGUUUCAUUACCAUUGGCCAGUUUACUCAAAUAAUCCAACAAGGCUUUGAUACUGUAUUCAAAAUAUGAAACAUACAGUCAAAGAUUCAUACAGAGCUUUUUAUUACAUUCAUGAACUGAGUGCAAAUUACUAUCCUAAACACAUGCAAAGACUUACGGCAUCAAGGAAUGAGUGAAGUUCAGUAGCUUGGCCUUGGACAACCCAACAAGUUGACUGGAGCCCAAAGAACCACAACCUCUGAUGGAGGAUCAACAUUCACUUCCUGAAACACAUACACCCCAGAAACAGAACAUAUCCCUAAAACGUGAUGGAAAUGCUAUAGUAGUGAAAGUAAAGUCUUAAAAAUAAGAUAGUAUUUAAGAAGGCUGCAACUUUAAAAUCAUUUACGUUUAUGUUAUUGAAUGAGGAUGGUCUUACAGAAAUGCAGCAGUUCCUUGUGGGUAUUUUCUGCUUUAAAUGAACUGCACUUCAUACAAAAAGCAGACUUUAUUAUUCAGUUAGUAAAUGAGAUAAGUAUUUGAAGCUAGAAGUCAGUAUGAAAGGGAGAACAGGUAGCAAAACUAUUCUAAUAAUUAAAUAAAACACAGAAGCGGAUUGCUAAUUGAAAGACAGAAGCUUUUUUUUUUUCUCUUUUUUUUUCUCUUGAGCACUUCAUUUCCUUAUUUUUUGUCCAUGCUGCCAACAGAAGCACAUAGAGGUCAUGAAACUGUAUGUACAGUGGCAGUAAACUGAAAGUUCUUUCAGUUUACUGAAAGUUCUUUCAGUUUCAAUAUUUUGUAUUCAUGGGCAUUUGCAGGUUUGAUUGCUUCCUAAAAAAACGCUUGCUUUGUCUCAAGCAGCAUCUCCAGUGCGCAUGGAUCUUUGGCAUGCAGAGGGAAAACAACAACAAAUUACCACAGUCCAGGUUCUACUCACUGUGUUUUUGGGUUACAUUUUGGAGGAUAUUAUCUCUGUUUUUCUUCAUACAAAAUAUUUAGUGUCUGCUAUGCAAGUUUUUUUUUUUUUUGCUAUUUCAGAAAGUCUACUAUAAAAGGGUUCUCAACUCCUGGAAUGAUUCUGCUUGUAGUUUGUUAUCAUUUACGGAUAUUUAACUCCUGAACAUGCUACUGUAUCGAGCCUGAUUGGUUUCCUGUGGUGGUGGCUUGUUAACACAGGGCGCUAGGGCACUGCCCCAUCAAAAUUCGCAGGAAAAAGCAUAUACACAGUAAACAUAAAAUACAGAAUAAAAAGUAAUUAUAACAUCAGUUCACUCAUGAAAUGUGUUUGACUACAUUUUUCAGCAUUCGUAUUUUAUUUUGGGUUUAUUUGGGGUAAUUUUUUUGUGUAGGCCUAAAUUCAUAUGUUUCAAUGGCAAAUGGUGAGAAGAGUGUGUAUGUAUAGUCUUAAACGUUUUGCUUAUAUGUGACUUUAUUCUGGUCUAAUUUCUCCACUGGACUCAGCUCUUUGCGCUUUUUGUGUGGCAUUCUUCAUCCAAUCCAAUCUAAGCCACACCCCUGGCAGCUAAAAGUGUAUGUCUGAUGGAUAUCAACGGAAUAAUCAGAAAAUAAGAAGACAGGAGAAGCAAAAAAAAAAUCGGUCAUUUAUUUACAAAACAAUAAAUUCAGGAGGCUUUUGUGGAAGGAAAAAAAGCGAAUAAAGGACUUUCGAUCAGACCGACCAGACUUAAAAAUCUCAGCAGCAGGAAGUAGAGUUUAUUUCUGGGUUGUAAUCCCCAAUCUCUACUGCGCACCCCCCUCCCCCCCCCCAGCCGUCACGGGUUUCCUGUUUGUUUUUACUGUUGUUUUGAUGUCUAAUAGCUCUGUCCAUUAUCCUUUAAGGAUUUCACCUGAACAUUUUGAAUCUGGGAGUUCAAACACGUGGUGGGUUUGCUGAGCAGCCCUUUCGUUACUGUGGUGUUAUGUGAACUGUGGACUUUGGCAUCAUGUAGUUUAUAUUCAGAAGAAUCUUGUGUGAGUGUGUGAAUGUAGGUGAGCACAGGUGAGUUUGGGUUAGUGCAAGGGAGUGUUGGUGAGUGGAUAAGUGUGAGUAAGUGUAACCUGGUCAACUAGCACGGUCUUAUCCAGAGAAGAGCUACAAUUUUUGCAAUAAGCAGCAUCAAACCCUCCAUUUGUGAGAGAAAACGUUUACAUGGUUUGUGCAUGCCUCAAACCACGUGUCAUUUUGAACACGUGGUUUUGUUGCCGUAUUAAAUAGUGUGUUAAAUCUAUCUAGAGCUGUUGCUUGCUGAAAAUAUAUUAAAAAAAAUUGAUACAACUUUUGUAACAUGAGACAUUUCUAAUUUAUUGUACACAAAGCAAAUACCCUUGUCUUUCCUGUUGGGAUAGGUUAACUAUGAAGAAUAUGGUUUUGUCUUUUUGAAACAUAGUAUCCGACUGUACUAUAGAUGAUUUUUCUUGUGUCUGCUAUGAUUUUUAGGGACUGUUUUCCAUGUUGUUGUCCUGUCUGAAUUAUUUAGUUUGAUUUCAGUCCAAUGAGUUUUGUAUGUCUGAUUUGUUUAAUGGUAUCAGUAAUUAGUUCCUCACUGUUUGUGUAUUGAAAGAAACGAGACAACAAGAUCUGAUGAAAAUGAAGUAAAAAAAUUUUUUAAUGAGCUUGCAACCUUCUACUUUAGUUAAAUUUUUCCAUUUUCUUUUUGUAUUUUUUCCUCUCCUCUUUUUUCUGUGUUGUCUCUUAUACUUUGUGCAAUGGCACUGCUCAUGCUAGAUUCAUAUUAAAUUGAAGACCUUAUGUCAA